CACGCCCGCCGCUUGCUCAUCAUCCCUCUGAGCAGCCCAGCCCAGCUGUGCUUUGCUUUGCCCAGCUGCCUCUCUCUUUCGGCACGCUUCGCUGUCACUCGGCCACCAGCUUGCGCCGCCUCACAACGCAUCGCCCGCAUCGCAUCAGCUGUGUCUUGCGCUCGCCAGCCGCCAUUCCCGCAACAUGUCGAAGCUGCUCCAAUAACACUGUCUGCUCGGUCGCCUCGGUCGCAACGCCGCGGCAUUGCUGCUUUGAAAUCCAAGCCAGCUCCAAGAGUCCAAGCCUUGAGUGUGAUUUUCUUGUACUCGUCGCUGACGUCGCCGUCCCUGCGCACCGAGUGCUGCGGCUGCCGGAUCUGAAACGAACCACAGCGCAGAGAGCUCUCGCUCCCGCCGGCCGCCGAGCUCAGACUGACGCAACCUGAAUCGCAUCGGCGCAAAACAAAAGAUGGCUGUCGCAACGGGCACGUCGCCGUCGCCGGAGCACACUCACCCCACCUCAGCACCGUCGCCGGCACCCACCGCUUCCACCACCUCAAUAACGAGCAGUAAACAAGGCGGCGACCUUGUGCUUCCGCCACCACAGACUCCACUCGACACCCCACCUGGCAACGGUGCGAACGUCAACGGCGAUACAGCACAAGGAAAGCAAGACCGACCUGCCGGACCUCAGAAGAAGCCGACUUUCAGCACGCGCCUCUCGCGCAUGUUCUCACAACGCGACACCAACCGCGAGAACAUAAAACAGGAGGCUGCCGAGAGGGUACCGGAGACCGCUGUCGAGGACCCAGCGGUCGAGGCUUCUUCCUCGCCCAAGCAGCGCCCAGCAAACCCUCAGAAGGUGAGCCGGACUUCGUCGAAGAACGAGAAGAUGGGGCCAACGCGAAAUGGAUCUGAAUCUAAGAAAGAGAAGAGUGACGCGGUGGCACCGAAACGCUUCUGGAUCGACGAGGACACCGGCGAGCACUAUCAUUUCCUCAAGGGCGCGAAACGGCAAGACAAGUUGACGGACAUGCUCAAGGAUUUCAUGUUGGGAAAGAAGAAGCCACACGACGAUGAGCAACCAUUGUCACUGAUGUCAAAUUGGGUCGAUCAAAUUAAGCAUGAGAAAGACAAGAUGGCAAAGGAGAAGAACCAUGGUCCCAAUGCUACUGCGACAUUGGUGCAGAAGUAUGGGAAGUGUCAAGAAAUCGUCGGCCGGGGCGCUUUUGGAAUAGUUCGGAUUGCACAUAAACCAGACCCGAACGAUUCAAAACACGAAAUGCUGUACGCCGUGAAAGAGUUCCGCCGAAGACCGCAGGAAGAUUCGAAGAAGUACAGCAAACGCCUCAACUCAGAGUUCUGCAUCUCCUCAUCAUUACGCCACCCAAAUGUCAUCCACACCUUGGACUUGCUCGAAGAUGCAAAAGGCGACUUCUGCGAGGUGAUGGAGUUUUGCGCUGGCGGCGAUUUAUAUUCUUUGGUCUUGGCCAAUGGCAAGCUCGAUGUUAUCGAAGCUGACUGCUACUUUGCACAGCUGAUGCGAGGGGUCGAGUACAUACACGAGAUGGGCGUUGCUCACCGCGAUCUCAAGCCGGAGAACCUUCUAUUGACGACUCACGGAGCGCUGAAGAUUACCGACUUCGGCAAUGGUGAAUGUUUCCGCAUGGCUUGGGAAACAGAACCGCACAUGACCGCUGGUCUCUGCGGCAGUGCUCCAUAUAUCGCUCCUGAAGAAUACACGGACAAGGAAUUUGAUCCUCGCGCCGUUGACGUCUGGGCUUGCGGCGUCAUCUACAUGGCAAUGCGCACGGGUCGACACUUGUGGCGCGUAGCCAAGAAGGACGAGGACGAAUUCUACGAAAACUACAUCCGUGGUCGAAAGAGCGAAGAGGGUUAUGCUCCGAUUGAGACUUUGCAUAGAGCGCGCUGCAGAAAUGUUAUUUACAGUAUUCUUGACCCGAACGCCAGCCGCCGAAUCUCUGCCCACCAAGUGCUCAACUCAGAAUGGGGCAAGGGCAUAAAACUUUGUACCGCCGGCGAGCAAGGUCUCUGACAGUAGCUCGUGGGCAAAGAGCGCACCAUUCGACACACCCACGCUUCGGCCCGAUCGAUUUUCACCCUUCACAUUUGACCACUACUUUUUUUUUCUCCGUUCGACUUUUGGACGAUGACUUCUUCCGUUUGUGCGUCAUGACACGGCAUUCAUUUUUGUUUUGUUUCUGAGCGUUUCCAGCGAGCGAUGAUGUUCUCCAAAGAAGCAUGCAUUACCCCCCCAUCCAAUGAUUUCAUUCCAGCAAAGCGAGCGUGGACCGGCCUACCUAAGGAGGAAAGACGGAGGAUGUAUGGACAUUUCUUUUUCACGGUGUGAGAACGGGCAGAAUGCUGCCGCACAUUCGCUAGCCUGACGCAGCGACCACAGAGAGAGGCGAGGCGAGGCGUUUUCCUGACACGAGGGUAGUGAUGAUGGCUAUCUCAAUGCAGAUGGGUAUAGGUAUAUCAAUCUCUUGGGCGGAGGGAGGGAUAGGGGGGACCGGGGAUUUUUUUUUGGGUACAGGGGACGCCGAGAGUUCGUACGGCUCUGUGAGCGUGAGAGGGAAAGUGAUGAUAUGAUGGAGACAACUUUUUGUACAUAUGCUGAGUUCGUAACCUGCCCAUCAUGGGAGGGAAGAAUGGCAGUCUCUUGGUGC